CUGAUAACAGCUUCUGAGUUUACAUAACAUACUUGUUAAAUGAAACACUAAUUUAUAGAGACACAUGUAUUGUAGAUGGAAUAUGGCAACGACAUACACCUUUCUUCUCAUGGGAUUCUUAUACAUGUUUACUGCUAAUGCUGCAUUGUCAAAAAGCCAUUUUGGAAAGCAAUUCUAUAUUGGGAUGACUGCUGGUAGUACCUCAACACUAGAUUUCCAAAUCGAUAUUGCAUCAAAAGAAAAUGGGAACAUGUACCUCGACAUUCCAUAUUUGAACAUACAUCGGAACCAAAGCUUGUCAAAAGGAGAUACCACUCUGACGGUUAGUAAUGCAUUGAUUCGUGGUGGAACAUUUACAGAAAACCGUGGUAUAUACUUGAGUACAGAUGUACCCGUGGCAGUAUAUGUGACAUGGAAAUCUUUUUCUACUGUGACGGAUACUUACUUAGCAUUACCUUUGUCUUCAUUAGGAACACGAUACACUGUUGCUUCUUAUGACCCUUGCCCCCCGUCAGCAGCUGCAGAUUGUACCCCUGAACGAUCUACAAUGAUGAUAAUCGGUGCACAUGAUAAUACAACAGUUAAUGUGACUGACGGUAACAACAGAAUCACUAUAGUAAGAUUAGAUUGUCAAGAUGUUCAUCAGCUGUCAAGUCAAACAGACAUUUCUAAUACGACUGUAUGGUCAGAUAAGCCUGUAACAGUUAUAUCAGGAACUUCAUGUGCUUUCGUUCCCCAUAGUAUUUUUUUCUGUGAUAUGCUCUUGGAACAAAUGAUACCGCCAUCUGCAUGGGAUAAAUAUUACAUUGUUCCUCCAAUUUUCCCAAAGCUAGGAUUUCUACUGAAAGUAUUUUCUAUCAAAGAUCACGGUAAUACGACAUUUUGUCUUACAAACAUUUCACAAACACUUUGCAGCCAACCUUUAAAAAAAGAAUAUUUAAUGGGAACCGAGCCAGUACUGAUCACUUCAAAUGCUUCCAUAAACGUUGUACAAUAUGGUGUUGGUCAGAAGUAUGACAGCAUUGAUGGUGAUGGAUUUAUGACCGUGAUUCCAGGCAUAAAUAAUUAUCUGAACAGUUAUUAUUUCGUAAUUCCAAACAUUUAUUCUUCUUUUGAAAACCGUCUGUCCAUUGUUGUACCAUCUACGUACGUUGGAGGUCUCCGCUUGGAUGGAUUGUCAUUGGUGCCGGAGAAAACGUAUUCAGUUCCAGAUCCGUUUUCUAAUUAUACCAUAUUAAUCAUUAGCAUUACAGCUGGAUAUCAUGAGCUGACGCACACUGAUACGAACGUCGUGUUUGGAGUUAUUGCUUAUGGACUCGGAUAUCAUAUUGGAUAUGGUUUUCCCGUUGGAUUUGGGUUAUCAUUAGGUAUAGGUACAACUUCAUAUUCAAGGAUUAAAUAA